AUGGUCAGGGCGAAACCAGUGAUUUUUACUCUUUGGGGAAAAUAUGCAAAAGGAGAAGGAAUAGAGUUAGAGAAAAAACUUGCAGCAGGCAAGUUUCCUGUAAUUUUCGCAAAGAAGAUUGAGGUGACAAACUACAAUGGUCUCUCCUUGACAACCCGAUAUGGUUCUAUAAUUGACUUUGAUAUUGCAACACCUAAAGCAGAACAACUUGGUCAAUGGGCAUUAUCAAAUUCUGUCACGUUGCAUUCACUUAUUUUGACCAAUGCAUUCAAUGAUGCAUAUCUAAAGCUUGCUGAUUUGUCAAAGGAACCAUUUGUCACCAUUUCAAAUGUUAAGAGUUCAAGUAUCGAGGGGAAGAGAUAUUGCAUCUAUGCAAGUAUAAAAAUUCCAACAAAGGUGAAGAACUUCUAUUACAUUGCAUGUGAUGGUUGUUGGAAAGGAACUGCACAUAGUUUGGGUGAUGAAUUUGAGUGUUCACAUUGUGGAAACUCAAAAGCAAUUGCAAAACCAAGGUGUAUGAUGAGCAUUGAACUUACCGAAACCAAUGAUUCACUUGAGUCUGCACUCUUUGGAAACAUUAUAGAGGAGUUACUUUCACUUUCUGCCAUCGAAUUGGUAGACAUGGACAAGAAGAAUGAGACUGUUGAUCUACAAAAUAUUAAAGAGAAGUUGAGCAAGAAAACUUUCAAAGUAGAACUCCUAUGCAGAAAACAAAAUUUUAGGGGAAGUGAGCAAAUCAAGUAUUCUGUUAUAUCUCUACUGGAAGAAAAGUCAAUCACCACUACUAAAAGGCUCAAGAGAAAAUUGAUAUAUGAUGACACUGAUGAAUACUCAAUUUCAAAUCAGCCUUCAAAUGCUUUUGCAGAUUUAGAAGAUGACAUUACUAAUGAAAAAUCCAAGUUGCUCAAGCUUGGAUAA